AUGGUCGGGGUUCUGCGCACCUGUUUUACUCAGCACCCAAUGGUCUGCCAAGCAGUAGAGGCGGUAACGGAGCUCCCGGCCCCGCUCGCGGAGAAAUACGCACCCUUCCCGAUGGGUCCCGGCGUUCUGGAGCACGACAUAGCAGAUGGACACGGGGACGGCGUGUUUGGGGAUAACUUCAAGGGAAUCUUCAAGACCGCCAAUGAUUUUGGGGGAAAACCGAAGUACUUCGCCAUUUGGGACUACCCACCGCCACCCAAGGAGAUGCUGCGCUCUUUGGAGCGGCUCAAAGUAAAACGAGAUGCGCUGGACUUGGCACUCAACAAGGGCCCGGUUACCAGCGCGAAAAAAGCGAUGCACGGGACGCCAAAGGCACCCACAGGUCCAGUAGUUGAGGAGGAAGGAAACGUUGUUCCGAUGGGGAGCUAGUGCCCAUUCGAGAUUGAAUGUAGUCGGCAAUGAAGAAGAGAUAUGCCCUUGACUCGGGUGUCCACGAACACAGGAUCAAAGUUUACAGUCAAAACCUACCACCUUUGGAACCCGCACCAUGUGGUCCAAGUGAGCACGUGAGUGGCUAUAAUUUGGCUGUUCGCUAAACUUUCGAGAUGCCUGUCAAUCUUUCAAUUCGACGAAAGGGACCUGUAGCUGCUG